AUGGAGCGCCUCUCUUGCAGUGUGAUUUUGAUCGUGGCCAUUUCCAAAGCGUUUGAACCGGAAUUCGCCGCCGCAGCCGGGUUGGGCCACCCCCGUGAACUUGCACGUCCCCCUCAGGGAGACCCCGCCUGGAGAGAUAACGGCCUUCGGUCCCUGGAGGAGCCUGCAAUUCGCCAUCGAUCUUUGCAGUUGGUGCCGUCCCUAGGAAUCCAGGACAGUAAGGAGCUGAACAGAACCUGCUGUCUGAACGGGGGAACCUGCAUGCUGGGGUCCUUCUGUGCCUGCCCCCCCUCCUUCUAUGGCCGGAACUGUGAGCACGAUUCACGAAAAGAGAACUGUGAGUCUGUACCCCAUGGCGCCUGGCUGCCCAGGCGAUGUUCCAUUUGUAAGUGCUGGCACGGCCGGCUUCACUGCUUUCCUCAGACAUUUCUACCCGGGUGUGAUGGCCACGUGAUGGAUGAGCACUUCCUGGUUUCCAGGACUCCAGAAUUAGCACCGUCUUCAGGCAUCACUUUCUCUCUAGCUGUCAUCUGCCUUGCUAUACAAAGUUACUGUUAACAGACACCAGCAUAUGGGGUAUUUCCAUGCAAACCCCAUAACCUGUAAAGGCCGUCACCCUAAUGUCCUAACUGGAAGAUGAUCAUUUGUUAGUUGCCUUGAAACAGCG